AUCAUCCCAUCAUCGUCUCCCCAAUUCCGCAUCGUCUCCCCCCUUCUGUUAUUUGGAUCGCGACAAAGUUUGCGGGGAUCGUGGGGGAAAUUUUUAUCGAUCCCCCGAUCGUCGAUUCCCUUCUAUCUAUUUCCGUCGCCUCUCGUAAUCGAAGGUUUCGUUGAUCCGAUGAUGCGCGUGCGGCAGGAGCCGAUCGUCGCUUCGAGAACGGACUAGGGUUUGGAUCUGUCGUCGCGGUGGAGAUCUUGAUCUUCUAGGGCUUGGGGUCGUUUCUGGCGGCGGAGAUUGAGACGGACGGCUCUUGCUUCGACGUGGCCUUCGGAAGGGAGCGGUAGAGCUUUUUUGGGUGGAUUCUUUUGGUCGGAGGGGGAUUCGGUUGCCCGGUGCUUUCGGGUUCCGGUUUCUUGGAAUGUAGGUGUCCAGGAUCUGGAAAAGCUGGGAAGGUUGGGCGCUGAUAGAGUCAAUUUUAGGGUUUCCUUUUGGCUGUGGUUGUAGAUAUCUAGUGGAUCGCUGAAAACAAGUGUCUUUUUUGGAUGAGCCUAGAGAUAUAGAGGACUUUAGUAUCGCUUGAUUCUUGUGGUGGUGAAUUUUUUGUCGGAAUCUUCCAUGGAGCACGUUAUUGGUGGAAAAUUUAAGCUCGGCAAAAAGAUUGGAUGCGGAUCUUUUGGCGAGCUCCAUCUAGGUGUUAACAUACAAAGUGGAGAGGAAGUCGCAAUAAAGUUGGAGUCGGUGAAAGCCAAGCAUCCUCAACUUCAUUAUGAGUCAAAAUUGUAUAUGCUUCUUCAAGGAGGAACUGGAAUUCCACACCUAAAAUGGUUUGGUGUGGAAGGAGAAUACAAUGUCAUGGUCAUCGAUCUUCUUGGGCCUAGUCUUGAAGAUUUGUUCAACUACUGUAGCCGGAAGUUCUCACUGAAGACAGUGUUAACGCUUGCUGAUCAAAUGAUUAAUCGAGUGGAAUAUAUGCACUCAAGGGGUUUUCUUCACCGUGAUAUAAAGCCAGAUAACUUUCUUAUGGGCCUUGGCCGUAAAGCAAAUCAGGUUUACAUCAUUGAUUAUGGCCUUGCAAAGAAAUAUAGGGAUCUUCAGACUCAUAAGCACAUUCCAUACAGGGAGAACAAGAACCUGACCGGGACAGCACGGUAUGCUAGUGUUAAUACACAUCUUGGGGUUGAGCAAAGCCGGAGAGAUGAUUUGGAAUCUCUUGGUUAUAUGCUUAUGUAUUUCCUAAGAGGAAGCCUUCCCUGGCAAGGGCUUAAAGCUGGCAAUAAAAAGCAGAAGUAUGAUAAAAUUAGUGAAAAAAAGAUGCUUACUUCAGUGGAGGUACUUUGCAGAUCAUAUCCAUCAGAAUUUGUAUCUUACUUUCACUAUUGUCGUUCCUUGCGAUUUGAGGACAAGCCAGAUUAUUCUUACCUGAAACGGCUUUUCCGUGACCUAUAUAUUCGAGAAGGGCAUCAGUUUGAUUAUAUUUUCGACUGGACCAUUCUGAAGCAUCCUCAUAUUGGUACUAAUCCUCGAACACGGCCAAAUGGAAGAACAAGUGGAGCUAUUGGUCCAUCGAUGGAAAGGGCAGAAAGAACUUCUGUUGGGCAAGAGGUUCGUGAUAGAAUCUCAGGUGCGGUCGAAGCAUUUGCUAGAAGGAAUGCCUCUGGUUCUGGUCAUCAUGGUGAACACUCCAAGCACAAAAUACCGGAUGAUGCACAUAUAUCAUCCAAGGAAGUGCUUGAGUCGGAGAAAGUCCGUCCAUCGUCUCGCAGUGGGAGCACAUCCAAGAGGGCUAUUUUCUCAAGCAGCAGGCCAAGUUCAUCUGUUGAGCGUAGUGAGACUCAACAUAGCAGAACAAGCAGGUUAUUUUCUAGCAGCCGUCGCCCUGCCAGUGCCCAAAGAGUUCAGCAGCCCAUCAUAGAUUCCAGGUCAUCAUCCAUCUCCAGAUCAGCAGCAGCAGCCAGAGGCAGCCGUAAUGAACCUCUUCUCCGAAGCUUUGAACGCCUGUCUUUUGGUUCUGAAAAGAGAAAGUAAAGAAAAGCUCAAGUUGCUGCUUUUCUUCCAGAGGGUCAGGAUUAUGAUAAGCCUUUUGUAUGAAUAUUUCACUCCUUAUCAUGCCCUGUCCGGUCCAUAUUGUUUUCCGGCCUGAUGGUCAUGAGGUGCCUUUACAAAGCCACCUUUUGCAACUUGAUCCAUUCAAUAACCAAAGUUGAAAUUCCCUGUAGUUCCUUCUGGGCUUUAAGUUGCCCAGGAGCAAGUCAGAGUCACUUGUUGGACACUCGUGAACAAAUCUUAGGCCAUAAAUAACUGCCGUGUGUUGACUCUCUUUAGCCA